CGCUUCAUCACACACACACCCAACCCCCGGAGCUGAGAUCAGAAUCCAGUCCUGACUGCAUUGCAAACAGGAGUGCCUCCGGACUGACCCUGGGCGCUGAGAACAGAACCUGACCCCGCUGCAGUCAGUGGUGACUCCAGAUUGACUGGCAGCAGGGUGUUUCCUGCCUCCCCCUCCACACACACACGAGCGCGUGGGUGUCUCGAUCUGGUCAGGCUGGUUUCUGGCUGGGUGGGGCCACAGCACCGGAGAGAGUUGGACUCACCUUUGCCAGGUGAGACGCUGGGUUCCCUGGGCUCCAGACGCUGCGGGCUCCGGAUCUGACUGCCCCAGCCUAGCCUGGCACCAUGGGCAGGGACAAACAGCGAGAUCAGGCCUGGAUCCCCAAACGCUUCAAGAAGAAAACCUGCACAACCUACAUUGAGGAUCCACAGGACACGGGCACCCCCCCUCGGUGCCAGUGCGGGAGCCCCCGGGCCGAGCACGUCUCUGUGGCCGUGGAAGACGCCUUCGGCACGGCCAUCGUCAGCAAAUGGGACUCCGCCCAGCACACCACGGAGGGGCCCACGGACGCCUUUGGGGAGCUGGAGUUCAUGGGGGCCGGUGGCAAAUCCAGCAAGUUCAUUCGCCUGUCGGACUCCUCGGACCCUGCGCUCGCCUACAACCUGGUGACCGAACACUGGAAAACCUCCCCUCCCAACCUCGUGGUGUCAGUUGUCGGGGGUGACGGGGAGGCCCCCGUCCGGGCCUGGCUCCGGGACCUGCUGCGUAAGGGGCUGGUGAAGGCGGCACAAAGCACAGGUGCAUGGAUCAUGACCGGGGGCCUGCAGGCCGGCAUUGGGCGACAUGUCGGGGAGGCCGUCCGGGACCAUGCAACAGGCAGCACCAGCCCCUGCACCCGAGUGGUGGCCAUGGGCAUCGCGCCCUGGGGCGUCGUUGCUAACCGCAAGGCCCUCGUCAAUCCCAAGGGCUCGUUCCCCGCCCGCUACUGGUGGGUCCCCCCCGCGGGCACCGCCUGCCCCCUGGACAGUAACCACUCGCUCUUCUUCCUGGUGGACGACGGUUCCCGGGGGCGCCCCGGGGGCGAGAGCCGCUUCCGCGCCCACCUGGAGAAACACAUCGCCCAGCAGAGGGUGGGCGCCAGGGGAACUGGCAGCAUCGAGAUCCCCGUGCUGGUAAUGGUCAUCGGGGGCAACGCUUCCAUGGUCACGCGCGUGCGGGAGGCCGCUGAGGCGGACAUCCCCUGCCUCCUGGUGGGGGGCUCCGGGGGUGCGGCCGACUGUCUGGCCCAGAUCCUGCAGGACGUGCAGCCGGGCCAGGAGAGCCGGGUGCUGAUCCAGGAGAAGCUGCAGGGACGCUUCCCGCCCGCCGACGUGCCAGGCCUGGCCGAGCAGGUGGAGGAGAUCCUGGCGCGGCGGGACCUGGUCACUGUCUAUUCGGACGAGGAGGGGCUGGAGGAGUUUGAGACGGUGCUGCUCAAAGCUCUGGUCAGAGGCGGCCACCUGACCGGUGAGGCCACCCAGUACCUGGACGAGCUGCGCCUGGCUGUGGCCUGGAACCGCGUGGACAUCGCCCGCUCUGAGCUCUUCCGUGGAGACAUCCAGUGGGAGCCCCCCCUGCUGGAGGAGCCCAUGCGGGACGCGCUGCUGGGGGACCGCCCGGCCCUGGUGCGUCUGUUCGUGGAGAACGGGCUGGACCUGGGCAAGUUCCUGACCUGGGGGCGCCUGGAGGAGCUGUACCGGGGGGUCCCCGAGGCCUCACUGCUGCACCAGCUGCUGGCGCGGCGCCAUGGGGGGCCCGAGCCCCCCCACUACCAGCUUGUGGAGCGCCCCCCCGACUGCCCCCUGACCCAGGUGGCCCGCCUGCUCCGCGAGCUGCUGGGCGACGUCUGCGCCCCCUUCUAUGCCAGGCUGCACCCCCUGGACUCCAAGGGAGCUGGGAAGAAGGGUCCCCUGCUGGAUGGGGACCCCCUGUACCGUGACCAGUGCACCCGGAACCCCUGGACUGACCUCUUCAUCUGGGCCGUGCUGCUCAAUCGGGGCGAGAUGGCCACGUACUGCUGGGAGAUGGCCCCGGACGCGGUGGGGGGGGCGCUGGUGGGGACGCGGAUCCUGCGGGAACUCUCCCACCUCGAAUCGGAUGCGCAGGAGGCCGUGGACAUGAAGGAGCUGGCCAUGAAAUUCCAGACCCUGGCCAUCGGCGUGUUCGGCGAGUGCUAUGGGAACAGCGAGUCUCGGGCCUCUCAGCUCCUCGUGCGUCGCUCCCACCUCUGGGGCGGCGCCACCUGCCUGCAGCUCGCCUGGCUGGCCGAGGCCCGGUGCUUCUUUGCCCACGACGGGGUGCAGGCGCUGCUGACCCAGAACUGGUGGGGCGAGAUGGAAAGGUCCACGCCCGUCUGGAAACUCCUCCUCACCUUCUUCUGCCCCCCCCUCAUCUUCACCAACCUCAUCACCUUCAGGGCGAUGGAGGAGGAUCUGCAGCAGGAGAAGCCCCACACCCUGGAGAACCUGGAUGCCGACGGGAAAUGCCCCGUGGAGGAGAUCCUCACGGGGUCGGCGUCCUCGCUGAGCUCCCCCCGGCGGCCGGGCUGGGCCUGGCUCUGGUGCUGGCGCCGGUUCUGGGGGGCGCCGGUGACAGCCUUCCUGGGCAACGUGGUGAUGUACCUGCUGUUCCUGCUGCUCUUCUCCUACGUGCUGCUGCUGGACUUCCCGCGCCCCCCGCCCGAAGGCCCCCACGCCGCCGAGGUCCUGCUCUACGCCUGGGUCUUCACCCUGCUGUGCGAGGAGCUGCGCCAGGGCUGCUUCACCGGGAGCCGGCCGCUGGCCCAGCGCGCCCGCGCCUACCUGCAGGACCCCUGGAACCAGUUCGACCUCACCGCCCUGGGGCUCUUCCUGCUGGGGGCCGUCUGCCGGAUGUUUCAAGGCACCUACCCGUUGGGGCGCACCGUGCUCUGCCUGGACUUCAUGGUCUUCACCCUACGUCUCAUCCACAUCUUCGCCGUCAACAAACAGCUGGGCCCCAAGAUGAUCAUCGCGGGCAAGAUGAUGAAGGACGUCUUCCUCUUCCUCUUCUUCCUGGCCGUCUGGCUGGUGGCCUACGGGGUGACGACCGAGGGGCUGCUGCACCCCAGUGACAAGCGCCUGGCCUGGAUCUUCCGCCGUGUCUUCUACCGGCCUUACCUGCAGAUCUUCGGCCAGAUCCCGCUCAACGAGAUCGAUGCGCAGAUCGCGGCGUCGAACUGCACGGACGACUCGGGGGCGAAGGAGGGCACGCCCUGCAUGAACACUUACGCCAACUGGCUGGUGCUGGUUCUCCUCGUCAUCUUCCUCCUCGUCGCCAACAUCCUGCUCCUCAACCUGCUCAUCGCCAUGUUCAGUUACACCUUUGCCAAGGUGCAGGGCAACAGCGACACCUACUGGAAGUCGCAGCGUUACAGCCUGAUCCUGGAGUAUCACAACCGGCCGGCCCUGGCCCCCCCCUUCAUCAUCAUCAGCCACCUGCGCCAGCUGCUGCGCCACCGGGCCCGGGGGGGCUCUGCCAAGAGCCGCCACUUCGCGCGGGACCUGUCCCCGGAGCAGGACGCCCAGCUGCUCACCUGGGAGGCCGUGCAGAAGGAGAAUUACCUGGUAGCCCUGGGCCGCCAGAAACGGGACAGCGACACCGAGCGGCUCCGGCGGACGUCUCAGAAGGUCGACCAGGCCUUGAAGCAAUUGGCUGAGGUCCGGGAGCAGGAGCGACGGCUCAAGACCCUGGAGACCCAGAUGGAGAAGUGCACCAGCGCCCUCUACUGGAUGGUGGACACCCUGGCUCAGAGCGACCUGGGGAAGAACCGCCCUGCCCCCCCCACACUCAAAACAGACUGACCCCCCGACCCCAGCGAGUGAGGACAUCAGCUGCGGAGAAUGGACACCCAGCUGCGACCCCAGGUGUCCGGGCACCAUGGACUCCCCUCCUCCCCCCCGCCACUGUGAACCCAGGCAGCUGGGCACCACGGACUGUUCUGGGGGGCUGGAGUUCAGGAGACCCCUGCUGUGAACCCAGGUGUCCGGAUGCCACAGACUCUUGGGGGGAGGUGGGGAAGGAAGAGAAAUCUCAGGGCACCCCCCAGCGGGUCCCCCUGUGACAAAGCGGGGUUUUAUUCAUCUUGUUAUGUUGCAUGUGAGUUUUAGUGUCCUACACUAAUAUUGUGUGUGCCUCAGUUUCCCUGUGUGCUGCACCAGUGGAUCGGUGGUGGGAAUAGGGGUGUGGGACUUUGGCUGAGACCCUCGGGGGCAGGUGAGGUGGCUCCGGUGCCCUUCAUAACCUGAGACCCAGGAGGGGACUGCGACCAGGUGACUCUUUGCCUGGGAAGCGAGACAAGGACAAGGAGGAAGAGCAACGGGGGCGGGGGUGUCGGAGGUCAGGUCACUGGAAGCCUGCUUGGGGGUGGGGGGGCUGUGUAGCAGGGCGGGGCGCUGUGACGAAGUGGGACUGUUCUUAAUGGUUCCUCUGAAUAGUGUGGGGGUGCCUCAGUUUCCCCUAAACAGUUCUUAAGUCUCUAGGUGGUGGGGUAAGGGUGUAUGAUUGUUGCAGAGCCCUAAGGGGUGUGCAGGGGUCUGGACACAGAGAAGGGCCGACACCCUGUUUCCUGGCAACUGAUGGCCUGGGCCCUUCCCCCCUGCAAGGUGAGAGCUAAAGGGUUGGAGAACAAAGGAAUCCGGUGACCUCCUGGCCCGGGAAAGGGACAAAGCCCAGGGGAGGGGGUUGGGGGGCUGAAGGGAGUUUCAGUUUGGGGCUGGCUGGACACAUGGAGUGAAGUGCAGACGUGGUUGUCUGGCUCACUGCUCCCCAAAAUGGACCCAGCUGAGGGGUCCGGUUCUCUGCACCUGCAAGCUCUGUGUUAGACCAUGUCCCUGUCGUCUAAUAAACCAUCUGUUUUACUGG